AUGAUAGCGGUGACCUCGGAUUCACCUUUAACCCUGAUCCCCACCACAACCCCUGAGAACGAGCUGAAACUGAUCACACACAGGCUGCAGUGGGGUGAGUGAGGGAGUGAGUGAGGGAGGGAGGGAGGGAGGGAGGGGAGGGAGGGCGGGAGGGAGGGAGGGAGGGAGAGAGCAUUUGAUGUGCUUCAAUAGGAGUUGUAUUGUUUGUUACACUCUUAGAAAAAAGGGUUAUUCGGCUGUCCCCAUAGGAGAACCCAUUUUGGUUCCAGGUAGAACUCUUUUGGGUUCCAUGUAGAACCCUCUGUCGUAGCCGGCCGCGACCGGGAGACCCAUGGGGCGGCGCACAAUUGGCCCAGCGUCGUCCAGGGUAGGGGAGGGAAUUUCCGGAAGGGAUGUAGCUCAGUUGGUAGAGCAUGGCGUUUGCAAUGCCAGGGUUGUGGGUUUGUUUCCCACGGGGGGCCACGGGGGGCCAGUAUAAAAAAAAAGUACAAAAAAUAAAUAUAUAUAUAUAUAUAUAUACAGUGGGGAAAAAAGUAUUUAGUCAGCCACCAAUUGUGCAAGUUCUCCCACUUAAAAAGAUGAGAGAGGUCUGUAAUUUUCAUCAUAGGUACACGUCAACUAUGACAGACAAAUUGAGAAUUAUUUUUCCAGAAAAUCACAUUGUAGGAUUUUUAAUGAAUUUAUUUGCAAAUUAUGGUGGAAAAUAAGUAUUUGGUCAAUAACAAAAGUUUCUCAAUACUUUGUUAUAUACCCUUUGUUGGCAAUGACACAGGUCAAACGUUUUCUGUAAGUCUUCACAAGGUUUUCACAUACUGUUGCUGGUAUUUUGGCCCAUUCCUCCAUGCAGAUCUCCUCUAGAGCAGUGAUGUUUUGGGGCUGUCGCUGGGCAACACAGACUUUCAACUCCCUCCAAAGAUUUUCUAUGUGGUUGAGAUCUGGAGACUGGCUAGGCCACUCCAGGACCUUGAAAUGCUUCUUACGAAGCCACUCCUUCGUUGCCCGGGCGGUGUGUUUGGGAUCAUUGUCAUGCUGAAAGACCCAGCCACGUUUCAUCUUCAAUGCCCUUGCUGAUGGAAGGAGGUUUUCACUCAAAAUCUCACGAUACAUGGCCCCAUUCAUUCUUUCCUUUACACGGAUCAGUCGUCCUGAUCCCUUUGCAGAAAAACAGCCCCAAAGCAUGAUGUUUCCACCCCCAUGCUUCACAGUAGGUAUGGUGUUCUUUGGAUGCAACUCAGCAUUCUUUGUCCUCCAAACACGACGAGUUGAGUUUUUACCAAAAAGUUAUAUUUUGGUUUCAUCUGACCAUAUGACAUUCUCCCAAUCCUCUUCUGGAUCAUCCAAAUGCACUCUAGCAAACUUCAGACGGGCCUGGACAUGUACUGGCUUAAGCAGGGGGACACGUCUGGCACUGCAGGAUUUGAGUCCCUGGCGGCGUAGUGUGUUACUGAUGGUAGGCUUUGUUACUUUGGUCCCAGCUCUCUGCAGGUCAUUCACUAGGUCCCCCCGUGUGGUUCUGGGAUUUUUGCUCACCGUUCUUGUGAUCAUUUUGACCCCACGGGGUGAGAUCUUGCGUGGAGCCCCAGAUCGAGGGAGAUUAUCAGUGGUCUUGUAUGUCUUCCAUUUCCUAAUAAUUGCUCCCACAGUUGAUUUCUUCAAACCAAGCUGCUUACCUAUUGCAGAUUCAGUCUUCCCAGCCUGGUGCAGGUCUACAAUUUUGUUUCUGGUGUCCUUUGACAGCUCUUUGGUCUUGGCCAUAGUGGAGUUUGGAGUGUGACUGUUUGAGGUUGUGGACAGGUGUCUUUUAUACUGAUAACAAGUUCAAACAGGUGCCAUUAAUACAGGUAACGAGUGGAGGACAGAGGAGCCUCUUAAAGAAGAAGUUACAGGUCUGUGAGAGCCAGAAAUCUUGCUUGUUUGUUAUUGACCAAAUACUUAUUUUCCACCAUAAUUUGCAAAUAAAUUCAUAAAACAUCCUACAAUGUGAUUUUCUGGAUUUAUUUUUCUCAUUUUGUCUGUUAUAGUUGACGUGUACCUAUGAUGAAAAUUACAGGCCUCUCUCAUCUUUUUAAGUGGGAAAACUUGCACAAUUGGUGGCUGACUAAAUACUUUCCCCCCCACUGUAUAGACAGGUGUGUGCCUUUCCAAAUCAUGUCCAAUAAAUUGAAUUUACCACAGGUGGACUCCAAUGAAGUGAUGGAUGGAUGAUGUGGUUAUUUACUGUGUGUGUGUAGUGUGUUAUGGAAGGAUGAUGUGGUUAUUUACUGUGUGUGUGUAGUGUGUUAUGGAAGGAUGAUGUGGUUAUUUACUGUGUGUGUGUAGUGUGUUAUGGAGGAUGAUGUGGUUAUUACGUGUGUGUGUAGUGUGUUAUGAAGGGGAUGAUGUGGUUAUUUACUGUGUGUGUGUGUAGUGUGUUAUGGAUGGGGAUGAUGGUGGUUAUUUACUGUGGUGUGUGUAGUGGUUUAUGGAAGGAUGAUGUGGUUAUUUACUGUGUGUGUUGUUAGUGGUGUUAUGGAGGAUGAUGUGGUUAUUUACUGUGUGUGUGUAGUGUGUUAUGGAAGGAUGAUGUGUUAUUUACUGUGUGUGUGUGUAGUGUGUUAUGAAGGAUGAUGUGGUUAUUUACUGUGUGUGUGUAGUGUGUUAGGAAGGAUUGAUGUGGUUAUUUACUGUGUGUGUAGUGUGUUAUGGAAGGAUGAUGUGGUUAUUUACUGUGUGUGUGUAGUGUGUUAUGGAAGGAUGAUGUGGUUAUUUACUGUGUGUGUGUGUAGUGUGUUAUGGAAGGAUGAUGUGGUUAUUUACUGUGUGUGUGUAGUGUGUUAUGGAAGGAUGAUGUGGUUAUUUACUGUGUGUGUGUAGUGUGUUAUGGAAGGAUGAUGUGGUUAUUUACUGUGUGUGUGUAGUGUGUUAUGGAAGGAUGAUGUGUGUGUUAAUUCACUGUUCUCUCUGAUCCUUCCAGGUCCUCUUCCAAAUGACUACCUCACGCCUAAAGACUGUUUCACUGCAGCCACAGUCCUGAACAACAGCCAGUCAUGACAUCAAGCAUAGGGUAGGUUAUAACACACACACAUCCCUACUUUAAUACGCAUUCAGAAAUACUUGCCAUUACUCCCACCCACUGACAACAGAUACACUCAGAAAGAUCUCUCUCUGUCUAAAUCUAUAACGAAAGAAGAAAGAGAUAUAUCUAUGGAUAUCGAGAGAGAGCAUCCUCUCUCUCUCUCUCUCGCUAAUCUAUUCUGUCUCUUGACAUCUGUUCGUUCUCUUCUCUCUUUUCUCUAUCUCUUCUCUUCUCUCUCCUGUAUUCUCUCUUCUCUCUUCUGUAUCUCUGUCUCUUUCUCUCUCUAUCUUUGUCUCUUGUCUAUUGUCUUCUCUUGUGGUGUGUGUGUCUCUUCUCUGUGGUUCUCUCUCUUCUUGGGUGUGGUCUCUCUCUCUCUUGUGUGUCUCUCUCUCUCUAUCUUGUGUCUCUCUGUGUGUCUCUUCUCUCUUUUUCUCCCCUCCUCUCCUCUGUUGUUCUUUCUCUCUCUCUCUAGGUUCUCUUCUCUCUCUUCUCUCUGUUCUCUCUCUCUUUAUCUGGUAAACUCUCUUCUCUAUCUGUCUCUUCUCUCUCUUCUCUCGUGUCUCUUCUAAUUCAAUUUCUUUAUCAUGUGAAACCAUCUCAUUCCAAGUCAAAGGAAUAAUAAAAAAUAUUCUCAUCUCUCUCUGUAUUUCAAAGUUAAGGGAUUUAUUGUCAUAUUAUGUACUAUUACAUUUGAAACAAUGUGCAAAUAGUAAUAAAAAGGGAUUAAAGUAAACAUACACUCAGGGUUGAAUACAAGUCUUUUGUCACAUGGGUUUCCUUUUAUGUCAAGGUACACUAGUGUGGUGCACACAUGUGGUUUUCACAUAUAGUUAGUCAAAAGUGGAUUGUUUUGAAUUCUUUAUUGGUAAGAUAAAUAUGUGUUGUAUUUCAGAGUUGUGUGUGUCUUCACUGUGUCCCUCUUUUUGUGGCCAGGUCAUAGCAUAUUGUGUCUGUGGAGCCAGGCACUUCGGGGAUUCUCAAGUAGCAUCGAUGGAUUGGUUUGGUCAGGAAUGGUCUUUGGGAUCGUUUUCUCUGGUGGUAGAAUUUAGUUUCUAUGAUUUUGUAAUUACUUGCCAAUGUGUCUAGAAUUUGCUGUUUUAGUUUACCAUGAUUUGGUGGGUCGAAUGCAAGCCUGGGGUCUUUGGUCUGUUGUGGCUGUGACAGCCCCAGGACCACUACGGGCGGACUUCUCAAAGUUUAGUAGGCAUGCCUUUGAGUUCUGGGAUCGUUCACAGUGUGUGGUAAGUUCUUUGCUCUGGAUCUUUGUUUAGAGGGGUCUAGGCAAUUCUGUCUAGCAUGAUUAUUUGUUUUGUUGUCCGGAAGGAUUUUUGCAAGAAUUAUUUUGCUGAGUUCUCAGAUUUGGUUGGGUCUGUUUGAGUCCUGGUGCUCUGUGGGUUGGUGGCGUGAACAGACCUCAGACAAAAGGCAAUGGUUCUAUAGGGUGACUCUCCAGGUUUUAGCAUCUCUUGAAGUGAUUGCCUAGAUCGUUAACAGUUUGUGGAAUACGUGGUGUGGUGGCGAGGAUUCGUUUUUUGUGGUUUGGGCAACCCGUCUAGAUGGUAUUGCAAUUCUGCCUGGCAACGCAUUUUUGGAAAACCCAUAAAAUUUUUGGGCUUACUGAGAUGUUACUUGCAGCCAUCUGAAAUUGCGAGGAAGAUUAUGGGUUGCUGUGGCUCUUGGUUGGUGAGCAGAGCACAAGAUCAUGAGCAAACCAUAGGAAUGGGUUGUAAUGAUUUAGUAGGGGGAAUGAUGUCUGCAGAUGUUCAGCGAAUUUGUGGAAUAUUGUGCGAGGUGGGCUAAGGGUAUCGUCUUUUCUCUAGGCAACGCUGUAAGAUGAAUUGUAUUGUGGGCUGGAAAACUGGAUUUUUUGAACCAUUAUUUGUAUACGAGAACCUCAGCCCAAAGUUGACAAAUUUGCAAAUUGUUUGUUCCUUUGGUUGGUGAAGAACAGUUUUGGACGGGAAUUUGUUAAUCAAGUUGAAGAUUUGUUUCUAUACAAAAAAAAUUUUUGUUUCCCCUAGAGGGCAAUGUACUUUUGAGUCUGCUGGGGUUAAUGAUGUAAAUAGGCAAGGAGUGGGAUUAUUUGCCCCCCAAGGGUUGUAUGUCUUGCUCUGAAGCCGGCAUCUCAACAGUGUUAUUUUUAAAGCAAAAAAAAAAGGAAUUCCCGCUCCCCCAAGUUCAAUUGAUUAAGAUUAAAAUGAGAAUAGUGUAGUUUGUGUAAAAUAGAGAAAAAAUUAUACUGGUACUAAUUUCUUGCCUCCAAUUACUAUCUCCAACAAAAAUUUACUUAUAAGUCAGAACCCACCCAAUUUUAAUUGCCAAGGCAAAACUUUUGAAACAACAAGCAGAGAAGACUUUCCUUUGGUUGUUUGUUUGUCAAUAAGUGUGCAGGGUGAAUAAUUUCUCGUACGUAAUUUGGAAAAAAAAAGCCAACUAUUGCCAAUUUGACUCGACAUUGCACUGAGGAAAGUACGAGUCUGCAUGUUAAUGAUAAUCAGAGGAUUACCCAAAGGUGCUGUGACCAUACCACAGUAUUUAUAGGGGUCAAAUUGGCUCCACUUUUGGAGUGACAGCCAUGUCAAAAAUAGAAAAUCCAAACAAAGAAAAAGUAGGUAUACAAGGAAUUGUGUCAAUAUUUUAUCAUCAUGGGAUACAUCAAACACCACAGGCACUUAUGAGAUUGAUAUGCCUGAUCAUCAAAUUGCAAAAACCAGCAAAAAAGAUGAACUAAAUGGAUAUAAAAGCUGUAGAUUGUUAUAGGCAAAAAAGAUAGAAAAAAAACUACAAAAAUCCACAUCAAACCAUUAAAAUACACAAAACAUAUAAUAAAAAAAGAGACCCAAAAAUAUAAAAGAAAAUCACAAAUAAUUAAAAAAUAAAACAACCCCCCCCCAACAUAUCCCAUAAAAUUGUAUAAACAUGUAACUACAUCCACCACCUUCUAUAUGUUCUCUCUUCUCUCUCAAUGAUCUUCCAAUCUUCGUGCUUAUAGAUAUAGAAUAUUAUACAAAGUACAUUUCAUUACUAUGACCUCCAUAACAAGUCUAUCCUCUACCAUGUUCCUCCAUUCACAACUGCCAUCGACUACCAUGACCUCAACAACAACUACAUCACACCAUGACCUAUAUCACAACUACCAUCACUACCAUGACCUCCAUAUCACAACUACCAUCACUACCAUGACCUCCAUAUCACAACUACCAUCACCACCAUGACCUCCAUAUCACAACUACCAUCACUACCAUGACCUCCAUAUCACAACUACCAUCACCACCAUGACCUCCAUAUCACAACUACCAUCACUACCAUGACCUCAUAUCACAACUACCAUCACCACCAUGACCUCAUAUAACAACUACCAUCACUACCAUGACCUCCAUAUCACAACUACCAUCACUACCAUGACCUCAUAUCACAACUACCAUCACCACCAUUACCUCAUAUAACAACUACCAUCACUACCAUGACCUCCAUAUCACAACUACCAUCACUACCAUGACCUCCAUAUCACAACUACCAUCACCACCAUUACCUCAUAUCACAACUACCAUCACUACCAUGACCUCAUCACAACAACCAUCACUACCAUGACCUCCAUAUCACAACUACCAUCACUACCAUGACCUCCAUAUCACAACUACCAUCACUACCAUGACCUCCAUAUCACAACUACCAUCACACAUGACCUCCAAUCACAACUACCAUCACUACCAUGACCUCAUAUCACAACCCCAUCACUACCAUGACCUCCAUAUCACAACUACCAUCACUACCAUGACCUCCAUAUCACAACUACCAUCACUACCAUGACCUCCAUAUCACAACUACCAUCACCACCAUGACCUCCAUAUCACAACUACCAUCACUACCAUGACCUCCAUAUCACAACUACCAUCACUACCAUGACCUCCAUAUCACAACUACCAUCACCACCAUGACCUCCAUAUCACAACUACCAUCACUACCAUGACCUCAUAUCACAACUACCAUCACCACCAUGACCUCAUAUAACAACUACCAUCACUACCAUGACCUCCAUAUCACAACUACCAUCACCACCAUGACCUCCAUAUCACAACUACCAUCACUACCAUGACCUCCAUAUCACAACUACCAUCACUACCAUGACCUCAUAUAACAACUACCAUCACUACCAUGACCUCCAUAUCACAACUACCAUCACUACCAUGACCCCCAUAUCACAACUACCAUCACACAUGACCCAUACAACCCAUCACUACAGACCUCAUAUCAAACUACCAUCACUACCAUGACCUCCAUAUCACAACUACCAUCACCACCAUGACCUAUAUAACAACUAACAAUCACUAACCAUACCUCAUAUAACCCAACUACAACAACUACCAUGACCUCAUAUACAACUACCAUCACUACCAUACACCUCACAUAUUCACAUACACUAUCACUACCAUUAGUGACCUCCAUAUCACAAACUACAAAUCACUACCAUGACCUCAUCACAACUACCAUCACUACCAUGACCUCCAUAUCACAACUACCAUCACUACCAUGACCUCCAUAUCACAACUACCAUCACUACCAUGACCUCAUAUCACAACUAACAAACAGCUGAUUCACAUACCAACUAAUCACUAAGGCCCUGAUUAGCUGAAACAGGACUAACAGGCAGCUGAUUCACAUAGCCAACUAAUCACUAAGGCCCUGAUUAGCUGAAACAGGACUAACAGGCAGCUGAUUCACAUAACCAACUAAUCACUAAGGCCCUGAUUAGCUGAAACAGGACUAACAGGCAGCUGAUUCACAUAACCAACUAAUCACUAAGGCCCUGAUUAGCUGAAACAGGACUAACACGCAGCUGAUUCACAUAACCAACUAAUCACUAAGGCCCUGAUUAGCUGAAACAGGAUAACCACAGCUGAUUCACAUAGCCAACUAAUCACUAAGGCCCUGAUUAGCUGAAACAGGACUAACAGGCAGCUGAUUCACAUAGCCAACUAAUCACUAAGGCCCUGAUUAGCUGAAACAGGACUAACAGGAAGCUGAUUCACAUAGCCAACUAAUCACUAAGGCCCUGAUUAGCUGAAACAGGACUAACACGCAGCUGAUUCACAUAGCCAACUAAUCACUAAGGCCCUGAUUAGCUGAAACAGGUGAGACACGUUGCCAUUCAGUGAGACUGUAGAUUGAAAGGGCUUUUUAAAGUAUAUUCCAUUGUAAUCUAAUCUGUAAUCUAUUGUAAUCCACAGCGUGUCCCGUAACAAAUCAGAGAAGAAGAGACGAGACCAGUUCAACGUCCUGAUCAAGGAGCUGGGGACCAUGUUGCCUGGCGUCACACGCAAGAUGGACAAGUCCACCAUCCUGCAGAAGAGCAUCGACUUCCUGUGUAAACACAACGGUACCCACCCCCUUUACCACCACUUUCUGUUUCUACUUCCUGUUGUUGUGAUGAAUGUAAACAAACAGAACUGUUGCUUGUGAGAGUCAUGGACAUAUAAUUGAAAUGUAAAUUAUUCUUAAGUAAUGUCAUGACUACAUGCAUUAUUGAGGAAUCUGCAUUGAAGAUAUGAGGAGCAAAUAGUGAUAUGCUCUUAUCAGGAUCAGAAGUUGACUGUAUUGUAUAAAUGGUGUAUUCGGAUGUAUAUUUCUAAACACUAUAAUGUGUAUGUGUCUCUAACAGAGAUCGCUGCUCAGUCUGAGUCCAGUGAGAUCAGACAGGACUGGAAACCUCCGUUCCUUAGCAACGAGGAGUUCACCCAGCUCAUGCUGAGGUGAGAUACACAACAUUACCCUACUAAUACUACUACUACGUACUACCCACGACUAACUACUACGACUACUAUACAACUACUGACACGUACUACACCUACGAGACGAAACUACGAUACGACACCACAUACUACAACACAAAACUAAUACAACUACACACACACACACUAACGACACAACUACGACAGUACACCAUACUACAACACUACAAAGACUACCUACUAUACUAAGACGACUACGACUACUACUAUACAAUACGACUACAGUACACCUACUACAAUACUACUACGUACUACCUACUAUGUACACAUACAGCUACCACUAUACAACACACACAUACAGUACUACCCUACUAUUACUAAUACUACAGUACUACCCUACUAUUACUAAUACUACUACAGUACUACUCUACUAUUACUAAUAAUACUACAUUACUCUACUAUACUACUACUACUACAGUACUACUACAGUACUACCCUGACUAUUACUAAUACUACUACAGUACUACUACUACUAUUACUACUACUACUACUAUUACUACAGUACUAACCUACUAUUACUAAUACUACUAUAGUAUUACCCUACUAUUACUACUACUACCACAGUACCACCCUACUAUUUAUAAUACUAAUACAGUUACCCCCCCCCCCCCCUACUAUUACUACUACUCCAGUAUUUGCGUACUAUUACUACUACUACUACUACUACAGAGAUGGGAGCUUUCCAGCAUUAACAGUUGGAGCAGAGUUGACAGGCAUAGGGUAUACAUGAUCAUCAUUCCAACAGAGAACAGUUCAUCUCCCCCUAGGUUUUCUUUGUUUUGCAGAUCAUAUUCUUGCUAUCACCAUACUGCUACUUUGAUAGCGUUCUACUACCACCGUAUUGAAUGAGUGAUCGGUUACAAUCACAUGAUCUAAACAACUGUGUUUUGUUGCAGGCUCUGGAUGGGUUCUUCACACUAAUAAUGACAGCCUGGUUACAGUCAUAUUAACUCAAGUGUAAUGUUGUGUUUUGUUGCAGGCUCUGGAUGGGUUCUUCAUAGCAAUAAUGACAGACGGGAACAUCAUCUAUGUCUCUGAGAGUGUUACCUCCUUACUGGAACACCUGCCGGUGAGUAGGACUGUCUGUGUGUACGGGGGGGUGUGUUUCGAUUAGUAGGACGAUUACUAUUGGAUAUAGGGAGAGAAGCAUUUAUUUACAAUUGGUUGAGACGAUGCAUAGUACCAAUAGCAGCUUAGAGCUGAAUUACCUGAUACCAAUUGACUAAUUCCAAUUCGUUUCUUAUUCGUUUCCUAGUUAAAAUGUUUGAAAGUGUUCAAUUAAAUGUGUCUAUACCUUCCUCAGUCGUGUUGAGUUCAACAUGUUGUGUGUGGGUGUUCCCCAGUCGGACCUGCAGGACCAGAACCUGUUAAACUUCCUCCCUCUGAACGAACACUCUGAGGUGUACAAGGCCCUCUCCACACACCCCUCCGACUCCGAGAGCCUUGGACCAGAGUACCUCAAGAGUGAGUUACACCCAGUCACAUGCCACCUUACUGGCUGCUGGCCUAUCGGAUCGCUCCUUAUACACUGCUGUCCAAUCAGAUCACUUGUUUACACUGCUGUCGAAGUAGACGAGCGAUAAUCUUCUUUGUACUGCACAAUGCUGCAGUGCUGUGUAAAUAUAUAUAUAUCCCAUGUUGUAUUUGUAAAAGUCUAUAAACACUCCAAUGUUUUUUUUGUUGAAAUUAUUGCACUGUAGUUAAGGGUGGUGUUCGUUGUAUUUGAUAUUUUAAUCGUGAUUGUUUUUAUUUUAUUUUAGCCAAGAACCAGCUGGAGUUUUGUUGCCAUGUGUUGAGAGGAACCAUCGACCCUAAAGAACCUCCCGUCUACGAACACGUCAAAUUCAUCGGCAACUUCAAGUCGCUGAACGACGGUGAGCGUCUGUUUGCAUUAGAGAAGAAAACUGGUCUUGUUUUACCAGUCGUAGAUCAAAAGAAACAACUGUUAGUUAGAUCAUCUGUUCUGACCUCUAGUCAUGGUAACGCCUUCUCCUCUCCUCUCCUCUCCUCUCUCUCCUCUCCUCUCCUCUCCUCUCCUCUCCUCUCCUCUCCUCUCCUCUCCUCUCCUCUCCUCUCCUCCUCUCCUCUCCUCUCCUCUCCUCUCCUCUCCUCUCCUCUCCUCUCCUCUCCUCUCCUCAGUCCCCAACACCACCAGGAAUGGUUUAGCAGGAGUGUUACAGAGAUCCCUACAACCCCUAACUCUCCUCUCCUCUCUCUAGUCCCCAACACCACCCAGGAAUGGUUUAGCAGGAGUGUUACAGAGAUCCCUACACCCCUAACUCUCCUCUCCUCUCUCUAGUCCCAACACCACCAGGAUGGUUUAGCAGAGUGUUACAGAGAUCCCUACAACCCCUAACUCUCCUCUCCUCUCUCUAGUCCCCAACACCACCAGGAAUGGUUUAGCAGGAGUUGUUACAGAGAUCCCUACAACCCCAACUCUCCUCUCCUCUCUCUAGUCCCCAACACCACCAGGAAUGGUUUAGCAGGAGUGUUACAGAGAUCCCUACACCCCCUAACUCUCCUCUCCUCUCUCUAGUCCCCAACACCACCAGGAAUGGUUUAGCAGGAGUGUUACAGAGAUCCCUACAACCCCUAACUCUCCUCUCCUCUCUCUCUAGUCCCCAACACCACCAGGAAUGGUUUAGCAGGAGUGUUACAGAGAUCCCUACAACCCCUAACUCUCCUCUCCUCUCUCUAGUCCCCAACACCACCAGGAAUGGUUUAGCAGGAGUGUUACAGAGAUCCCUACAACCCCUAACUCUCCUCUCCUCUCUCUAGUCCCCAACACCACCAGGAAUGGUUUAGCAGGAGUGUUACAGAGAUCCCUACAACCCCUAACUCUCCUCUCCUCUCCUCUCUCUAGUCCCCAACACCACCAGGAAUGGUUUAGCAGGAGUGUUACAGAGAUCCCUACAACCCCUAACUCUCCUCUCCUCUCUCUAGUCCCCAACACCACCAGGAAUGGUUUUAGCAGGAGUGGUUACAGAGAUCCCUACAACCCCUAACUCUCCUCUCCUCUCCUCUCUCUAGUCCCCAAACACCACCAGGAAUGGUUUAGCAGGAGUGUUACAGAGAUCCCUACCACCCCUAACUCUCCUCUCCUCUCUCUAGUCCCCAAACACCACCAGGAAUGGUUAGCAGGAGUUUACAGAGAUCCCUACACCCCUAACUCUCCUCUCCUCUCUCUAGUCCCCAACACCACCAGGAAUGGUUUAGCAGGAGUGUUACAGAGAUCCCUACAACCCCUAACUUUCCUCUCCUCUCUCUAGUCCCCAACACACCAGAUGGUUUAGCAGGAGUGUUACAGAGAUCCCUACAACCCCUAACUCUCCUCUCCCUCUCUCUAGUCCCCACAACCACCAGGGGGGGGGGGGGGGGGGAAUGGGUUUAGCAGGAGUGUUCCAGAGAUCCCUACAACCCCUAACUCUCCUCUCCUCUCUCUAGUCCCCAAACACCAACCGGAAUGGUUUAGCAGGAGUGUUACAGAGAUCCCGACAACCCCCUAACUCUCGCUCUCCUCUCUCUAGUCCCCAACACCACCCAGGAAUGGUUUUAUGCAGGAGUGUUACAAGGAUCCCUACAACCCCUAACUCAUCCUCUCCUUCCGCUCUCUAGUCCCCAACAUCCACCAGGAAUGGUUUUAGCAGGUAGUGUGGAACAGAGAUCCCUACCAACACCUAACUCUCUCUCUUCCUCUCUCUAGUUCCCCGAACACCACCAGGAAUGGUUUAGCAAUGGAGUGUGAACAGAGAUCCCUACAACCCCUAACUCCCCUCUCCCCUCUCGAGUCCCCAACACCACCAGGUAAUGGUUUUAGCAGGAGUUGUUAUCAGAGAUCCCUACAACCCCUAACGCUCCUCUCCUUCUCCUCUAGUCCCCCAACACCACCAGGAAUGUUUAGCAGGAGUUGUUACAGAGAUCCCUAACAACCCCUAACUCUCCUCUCCUCUCUCUAGUCCCCAACACCACCAGGAAUGGUUUAGCAGGAGUGUUACAGAGAUCCCUAAAACCCCAUAACUCUCCUCUCCUCUCUCUAGUCCCCAACACCACCAGGAAUGGUUUAGCAGGAGUGUUACAGAGAUCCCUACAACCCCUAAACUCUCCUCUCCUCUUCUAGUCCCCAACACCACCAGGAAUGGUUUAGCAGGAGUGUUACAGAGAUCCCUACAACCCCUAACUCUCCUCUCCUCUCUCUAGUCCCCAACACCACCAGGAAUGGUUUAGCAGGAGUGUUAGAGAGAUCCCUACAACCCCUAACUCUCCUCUCCUCUCUCUAGUCCCCAACACCACCAGGAAUGGUUUAGCAGGAGUGUUCAGAGAGACCCUACAAACCCCUAACUCUCUCCCUCUCUCUAGUCCCCAACACCACCAGGAAUGGUUUAGCAGGAGUGUUACAGAGAUCCCUACACCCCUAACUCUCCUCUCCUCUCUCUAGUCCCCAACACCACCAGGAAUGGUUUAGCAGGAAGUGUUACAGAGAUCCCUACAACCCCUAACUCCCUCUCCUCUCUCUAGUCCCAACACCACCAGGAAUGGUUUAGCAGGAGUGUUACAGAGAUCCUUACAACCCUAACUCUCCCACUCUCUCAGUCCCCAACACCACCACAAUGUUAGCAGAUGUACACAGACCCCACAACCCCCUAAACCACCUCUCCCUCUCUCUAGUCCCCAACACCACCAGGAAUGGUUUAGCAGCAGUUCCACACACCCUACAACCCAUAGCUUCGCUCUUCUCUUCAUGUCCAACUACCACCAUGGAAUGGUUAUGCAGGAUGGGUUACAGAGAUCCUCUACAACCCAAACUAACCUCUCCUCCUCUGAGGUCCCCAACACCGACCGAAUGGUUAGCAGGGUGUUACAGAGAUCCUACAACUCCAUAACUCUACUCCAUCUCUCUAGUCCCCACACCACCGGAAUGUUUAGUCAGAGUUUACAGAUGCCCACAACACUGCUUUGUGACCUGGUCUGCUUCGUAAGUCCACCGUAGGCUGGCUAACACAGUCAUCAAUUGUAGACGCAAAACCAGAACACACACCACCCACACACAUCACACACACACCACACACACCACACACACCACACACACCACACACACAGAAACACACACACACACCAACACCCACACACAACACCACACACCACACACACACACCACACACACACCACACACACACACACACAAUUAGUGCUUCUUGAGUUCAGUUCAGUUUCGAUUCGAUUAAUGAAAAAUUAUUUUUAGACAUUAAAUGCACAAUGCAUUAUGUGGGUUGAAUGCUGUAACAACACAGAAUAAAACAAUCAAUACAAGUCCCAUGACGGUAGUGACUGUCCAUUACUGCUUAUCACUUAUUAACCAUCAUUUAGUCACUUUACUUUAAUAAAAAAUAUUUAAGUUCUGUAUAUUCCAUUAGUUUUAUUUGAUGACUUUAUUAUUUCAUGCCAAGUCAUCAUCUCAUCUCUAUAGAGCUGCUGUCUGACUAAAUCACUAUUUUAGUAGUUCUUCAAAGUAAAUAAGGCAGACUUAUAUGACUGCUGAAUACCAGCUAUCAAUCACUUAGAUCAUGUAUUUCCAGGUAGAGGAACCUCACGAAGCAACUGCUCUCUAUCCCUCUUGAUCACACGUUCUUCUCUCUCCGUCUCUGGACAAGUAGGCCCCGCAAUGGAUUAUGGUCAAUGUAGUUAUUUACCAAGUUUUCUGCACUAAACUAUGUAGAAUAUUGGCCUAUUGAAAACUACAACUCCUUACUACAGUGCACAGUUUGGGCUUGAUCUGAUUUACAUUUGGAAAGUAUUCAGACCCCUUGACUUUUUCCACAUUUUGUUACGUUACAGCCUUAUUCUAAAAUUGAUUAAAUUGUUUUUUCACCUCAUCAAUCUAUACACAAUACCCUAUAAUGACAAAGCAAAAACAGGUUUCUAGAAAUUUUAGCAAACCUAUCAACAAAAGACCCCCCGGAAAUAUCACAUUUACAUAAGUAUUCAGACCCUUUACUCAGCGAUUACAGCCUUGCGUCUUCUUGGGUAUGACGCUACAAGCUUGGCACACCUGUAUUUGGGGAGUUUCUCCCAUUUUCUCUGCAGAUCCUCUCAAGCUCUGUCAGGUUGGAUGGGGAGUGUCGCUGCACAGCUAUUUUCAGGUCUCUCCAGAGAUGUUCGAUCGGGUUCAAGUCCGGGCUCUGACUGGGCCACUCAAGGACAUUCAGAGACUUGUCCAGAAGCCACUCCUGCGUUGUCUUGGCUGUGUGCUUAGGGUUGUUGUCCUGUUGGAAGGUGAACCUUCCCCCCAGUCUGAGGUCCUGAGUGCUCUGGAACAGGUUUUCAUCAAGGAUCUCUCUGUACUUUGCUCCAUUCAUCUUUCCCUCGAUCCUGACAUGCUUCACUGUAGGGAUGGUGCCAGAUUUCCUCCAGAGGUGACGCUUGGCAUUCAGGCCAAAGAGUUCAAUCUUAGUUUCAUCAGACCAGAGAAUCUUGUUUCUCAUGAUCAGAGUCAUUUAGGUGCCUUUUGGCAAACUCCAAGCAGGCUGUCCUGUGCCUUUUACUGAGGAGUGGCUUCCAUCUGGCCACUCUACCAUAAAGGCCUAAUUGGUGGAGUGCUGCAGAGAUGGUUGUCCUUCUGGAAGGUUCUCCCAUCUCCACAGAGGAACUCUAGAGCUCUGUCAGAGUGACCAUCGGGUUCCUUGGUCACCUCCCUGACCAAGGCCCUUCUCCCCCGAUUGCUCAGUUUGGCCGGGCGGCCAGCUCUAGGAAGAGUCUUGGUGGUUCCAAACUUCUUCCAUUUAAGAAUGAUGGAGGCCACUGUGUUCUUGGGGACCUUCAAUGCUGCAGAAAUGUUUUGGUACCCUUCCCCAGACCUGUGCCUCGACACAAUCCUGUCUCGGAGCUCUACGGACAAUUUCUUUGACCUCAUGGCUAGGUUUCUGCUCUGACAUGCACUGUCAACUGUGGGACCUUAUAUAGACAGGUGUGUGCCUUUCCAAAUCAUGUCCAAUAAAUUGAAUUUACCACAGGUGGACUCCAAUGAAGUUGUAGAAACAUCUCAAGGAUGAUCAAUGGAAACAGGAUGCACCUGAGCUCAAUUUCGAGUCUCAUAGCAAAGGGUCUGAAUACUGAUGUAAAUAAGGUGUAUAUAUAUACAUAUAAGUUAUCAAAAAUGUCAAAAAACCUGUUUUCUCUUUGUCGUUAUGUAUUGUGUGUAGAUUGAUGAGGGAAAAAAAUAAUUUUAUCAAUUUUAGAAUAAGGCUGUAACGUCACAAAAUGUGGAAAAAGUCAAGAGGUCUGAAUAAUUUCUGAAUGAACAGUAUCUCGAGGGAAACUACGCAUUGAGCUCACAGAAAAAAAAUUGAAUGAAAUGGAAUUCAAAUAAUUGAACCAACGUCGGUCAAUUACACUACCGUUCAAAAGUUUGGGGUCACUUAGAAAUUUCCUUGUUUUCCAUGAAAACAUACAUGAAAUGAGUUUGAAUAAGAAAUAUAGCAAAAUGCAUAGGAAAUGUAGUCAUUGACAAGGUUAGAAAUAAUGAUUUUUAAUAUAAAUAAUAAUUGUGUCCUUCAAACUUUGAUUUUGUCAAAGAAUCCUCAAUUUGCAGCAAUUACAGCCUUGCAGACCUUUUGGCAUUCUAGUUGUCAAUUUGUUGAGGUAAUCUGAAGAGAUUUUGCCCCAUGCUUCCUGAAGCACCUCCCACAAGUUGGAUUGGCUUGAUGGGCACUUCUUACGGUCAAGCUGCUCCCACAACAGCUCAAUAGGAUUGAUAUCCGGUGACUGUGCUGGCCACUCCAUUAUAGACAGAAUACCAGCUGACUGCUUCUUCCCUAAAUAGUUAUUGCGGUGCUUUGGGUAAUUGUCCUGUUGUAGGAGGAAAUUGGCUCCGAUCAAGCGCCGUCCACAGGGUAUAGCAUGGUGUUGCAAAAUGGAGUGAUAGCCUUCCUUCUUCAAGAUCCCUUUUAACCUGUACAAAUCUCCCACUUUACCACCACCAAAGCACCCCCAGACCAUCACAUUGCCUCCACCAUGCUUGACAGAUGGCAUCAAGCACUCCUCCAGCAUCUUUUCAUUUGGUCUGCGUCUCACAAAUGUUCUUCUUUGUGAUCCGAACACCUCAAACUUCGAUUUGUCUGUCCAUAACACUUUUUUCCAAUCUUCCUCUGUCCAGUGUCUGUGUUCUUUUGCCCAUCUUAAUCUUUUCUUUUUAUUGGCCAGCCUGAGAUAUGGCUUUUUCUUUGCAACUCUGCCUAGAAGGUCAGCAUCACGGAGUCGCCUCUUCACUGUUGACGUUGAGACUGGUGUUUUGCGGGUACUAUUUAAUGAAGCUGCCAGUUGAGGACCUGUGAGGCGCCUGUUUCUCAAACUAGACACUCUAAUGUAUUUGUCCUCUUGCUCAGUUGGGCACCGGGGCCUCCCACUCCUCUUUCUAUUCUGGUUAGAGCCAGUUUGCGCUGUUCUGUGAAGGGAGUAGUACACAGCGUUGUACGAGAUCUUCCGUUUAUUGGCAAUUUCUCGCAUGGAAUAGCCUUAAUUUCUCAGAACAAGAAUAGACUGACGAGUUUCAGAAGAAAGUUAUUUGUUUCUGGCCAUUUUGAUUCUGUAAUCGAACCCACAAUUGCUGAUGCUCCAGAUACUCAACUAGUCUCAAGAAGGCCAGUUUUAUUGCUUCUUUAAUCAGCACAACAGUCUUCAGCUGUGCUAACAUAAUUGCAAAAGGGUUUUCUAAUGAUCAAUUAGCCUUUUAAAAUGAUAAACCUGGAUUAGCACAAACACAACGUGCCAUUGGAACACAGGACUGAUGGUUGCUGAUAAUGGGCCUCUGUACGCCUGUGUAGAUAUGCCAUAAAAAAUCAGCCGUUUCCAGCUACAAUAGCCUAUUUACAACAUUAACAAUGUCUACACUGUAUUUCUGAUCAAUUUGAUGUUAUUUUAAUGGACACAUUUUUUUCUAAGUGGCCCCAAACUUUUGAACGGUAGUUUAGUUGUUUAAAUGACCCAAACUUACAAACAUUUUGGUUAAUCGCUCAGCACUGAACACACACACAGACACACACACACACACACACACACACACACACACACACACACACACACACACACACACACACUCAAUGGAGUAACAAGAAAUCAGAAAAUAAAUAAGUAGAAAAUUGACGGUAAAUCCUAUUUAACCUACAGUAUGAAACACAACAAAGCUACACUGUCUAUUUCACCUGCAUAUUUUGCACUCACCGGACAGUUUAUUAAGUACACCACCCCGUUCAAGAAAAUGGAUCUCUCUUACAGACAGUGAGCCACGUGGCCGUGGCUUGCUAUUUAAACCAGGCAGACAGGCAUCAAGGCAUUCAGUUACUGUUCCAUUGAACGUUGGAACGGGCAAAACGAGUGACCUAAGCGACUUUGAGGUAUGAUCGUCGGUGCCAGGCGCGCCGGAUCCAGUAUCCCAGAAACGGCCACCCACCUGGGCUUUUCACGCACGACGGUGUCUAGGGUUUACCGAGAAUGGUGCGACAAACAUCCAGUCUGCGGCAGUCCUGUUGGCGAAAAUAACUAGUUGAAGGAGAAUGGUAGAAUUCUGCUAACAGGCGGCCCACAAACAGACAGAUAACGGAGCAGUACAACAGUGCUGUGCAGAACGGCAUCUCGGAACGCACAACUCAUCAGUCCUUGUCACGGAUGGGCUAUUGCAGCAGACGACCACACCGGGUUCCACUCCUAUCAGCUAAAAACAAGAAGAAGCGGCUCCAGUGGGCACGCCAUCACCAACACUGGACAACUGAGGAGUGGAAAAACAUCGCCUGGAACACAGUAGCGAUUUCAUUUUACUUUAGUGGCCUGCGCAGUCUCCAGACCUCAACCCAAUACAGCAUCUUUGGGAUGAAGUGGAACGGGCUGUUCGCAGCAGGAAUGUACCGCCGUCCAAUCUGCAGCAACUGCGUGAUGCCAUCGCGUCAGCAUGGACCAACAUCCCUGUGGAACGUUUCCGACACCUUGUAGAAUCAAUUCCCCGAAGAAUUCAGGCUGUUCUGUAGGCAAAGGGGGGGUCAGACCCGGUACUAGAUGGGUGUACCUAAUAAACUGGCCACUGAUAGUAUAUAUUGUCUAUCUAUAUUAAAUGAUCUAUAUUCUAUGCAAUAUAUAUUGAUAUCUAUCUUGUUGUCUAUCCCUCCAUAGGAGAUGUGUACAGUGGCAGAGCCCAAUGAAGAGUUCACCUCCCGACACAGCCUAGAGUGGAAGUUCUUAUUCCUAGACCACAGGUAACACAGUCUGUAAUAGAAGUUCUUGUUGCUAGACCACAGGUAACACAGUCUGUAAUAGAAGUUCUUGUUGCUAGACCACAGGUAACACAGUCUGUAAUAGAAGUUCUUGUUGCUAGACCACAGGUAACACAGUCUGUAAUAGAAGUUCUUGUUGCUAGACCACAGGUAACACAGUCUUAGACCACAGGUAACACAGUCUGUAGUAGAAGUUCUUGUUGUCUGAGCCACAGAUAACCCCAGUCGUAGUUAAAUAGAAGUUCGUUGUUGCUAGACCACAGGUAACACCAAGUCCUAUAGUAAGAAGUUUCUUGUUGCUAGACACCGGUAACACAGUCUGUAAUAGAAUUUCUUGUUGGCUAGUACCACAGAUAACCAGUCUGUAAUAGAAGUUCUUGUUGCUAGACCACAGUAACACAGUCUAUAGUAUAAGGUCUUGUCUAAUCCACAGAUAACACAGUCUGUAGUAGAAGUUCUUGUUGCUAGACCACAGAUAACACAGUCUGUAAUAGAAGUUCUUGUUGCUAGACCACAGGUAACACAGUCUGUAAUAGAAGUUCUUGUUGCUAGACCACAGGUAACACAGUCUGUAGUAGAAGUUCUUGUUGCUAGACCACAGGAUAACAACAGUCUGUAGUAGAAGUUCUUGUGCUAGAACCACAGGUAACACGUCGUAUAGAAGUUUUUUUAGCCCACAGGAAACACCGUAAAGAAGUUCUUUUGCUAGACCACGGUAACACAGUCUGAGUAAAUUCUUUUUGGGAAAACACAGGUAAAAACGGGCUAUAAAAGUUUUUUCCUAGCCCACAGGUAAAAAAUCUAUAGAAGUUUUUUCUAGCCCACGGGAAAACACGUCUAAUAGAAUUUCUGUUGCUAGCCCACGGGUAACACAGUCUGAUAAAAUUUUUUUUGUAGACCACGGUAACACAGUUGUAGAAGUUCUUUUCCUAGACCAAGGUAACACAGUCUUAUAAAUUUCUUUUUUCAGACCACGGAAAACACAGUCUGUAGUAAAAGUUCUUGUUCUGACCAGGGGAAACGUUGUAUAAGUUUUUUUUGCUAGCCCAAAAGGUUAACACAGCUGAGUAGAAGUUCUUGUUGCUAGCCACAGGUAACACAUUUAGUGAAGUUCUUGUUGCUAGCCACAGGAAAAAGUCUGAAUGAAGUUCUUUCUAGACCACAGGUAACAACGUAAAUAGAAGUCUUGUGCAGACCACAGGUAACACGUUGUAGUGAAUUUCUGUUGCUAGACACAGGUAACACUUUUAUAGACCCCAAACAGGUAACAAGUCUUAUAGAGUUUUUGUUGCUAGACCCGGGAAAAACACAGUUGAAAUAGAAUUUCUUUUUGUGACCACGGGAACACAGUUUUAAUAGAAGUUUCUGUUGAGACCACAGGUAACAAGUCUAGUAGAAGUUUUGUUCUGCCACGGGUAACACGUCUUUAGAAGUUUUUUUGCUAGACCACGGGUAAAACGUCGUAUGAAGUUUUUGUUGCUAGCCCCACAGGAACCCCGUUUAGACCAAGGAAACACAGUCUUAUAGAAUUUUUUUGCAGACCACGGGGAACACGUCUGAAAUAAAAAGUUGUUGCAAAAGACCACGGGUAACAAGUCUUGAAAUAAAGUUCUUUUUGCUAGACCACGGGUAACCAGUGUAAAUAGAAUUCUUGGCUAGACCCGUAACACAGUCGUAAAAAGUUCUUGUUGCAGACCACAGGUAAACAGUUUUAGUGAAUUCUUGUUGCUUAGAACGGGUAACCCGUCUUGAAAAUUUUGUUGUAGACCAAGGUAACACGUUGUAUAGAAGUUUUUUUGCUGACCACGGGUAACACGUCUUAAAAACCCACGGUACACGUCUGAAAUAGAAGUUUUUUUGGGUUGCUAAAGACCAAAAAAGGAACACAGUUGUAGUAGAAUUUCUUUUCAGACCAGGGGAACACGUCGGGUAUAGAAGUUCUUUUUGCAAACCCAAAGUAACACGUUUAGUAGAAGUUUGUUCUAGACCAAGGUAAACCAGUUUUAACACAGGUAAACAGUCUAAUAGAGUUUUGUUGUAGCCACAGGAAAACACGUCUUAUAAAAGUUCUUUUUGCGCCCACAGGUAAAAAGUCAAAUAGAUUUCUUUUUGUAGACCCAGGUAACACAGCUUAAAGAAAGUUUUUUUGCUAGACAAGGUAAACAUCGUAUAAAGUUUUUGUUUAGCCCCAAGGAAAAACAGUCUGUAUAAAGUUUUGUGCUAGCCCAAAAGGUAACACAGUUAAUAGAAGUUUUUUUUGCUAGCCACGGAACACAGCUGUAGUAAAGUUUUUUUGCAGACCACAGGAAAUUUCAUUUAUCAAAUUAGAUGGGGUUGGCCUAAAAGUAAACCCUCUUUGUCCUCUUUGACCUGCAAAACCACAAACCUGAAAUACAAAACCCCAACAUACCCCAACACAAACCCCCUUAGUGGUAUUAUGUUAAUAAGCAGGCUUGGUAACUGAUGAUGGUAUUUCCUCCCUCCAGGGCUCCACCAAUCAUUUUGGACCCCCUUUUUUUAGGUCUGGGGGCGUCGGGGCGACCUUCAUUUUAAAGACCGGAGACAUGGCCAAGGUCACAAAAACUGUGAUUACCACACACACCACCCCUCUUCUGUGAGAUUUGGGAAAGGGAAAUUAUUUUACAAUUCGACCCCUUCUGUCUAGUGUGCAUUUUGGGGAAAAAUAUGUUAUACAGGUUCUGAGUCUCCCCCUUGUUAGUGAGCAUUAGGGGGAAGGGGAAAUUUAUUUACACAGGUUCAUGAGUCUCCUCUCUCCCCUUGUCUAGUGGCAUUUGGGGAAAAGGGAAACAUUUUUCACAGGUUUCCCGAGUUCCCCUCGUCUAUGAUGAUUAUGGGGAAAGGGAAUUCAUUUUACUACAGGUUCCUGAUGUCUCCUCUCUGUCUAGUGAUGAUAUGGAAAAAAAAUUAUUUUACUCAGGUUCCGAUCUCCCCCUCGUUAGGGGCAUUUGGAAAGGGAUUCAUUUUACACAGGUUCCUGACCCCCCUCUCUGUCUAGUGAUGGGAUUUUGGGGGGGAAUUAUUUUUACAGGUUUUUGACUCUCCUCUCUUUAGGAGCUUUUGGGGAAAGGGAAUUAUUUUUUCAAGGUUUUGAGUCUCCUCUCUGUCUAGUGAUGCAUUAUGGGAAAGGGAAUUCAUGUUACUACAGGUUCAUGACUCUCCUUCGUUGUGAUGCAUUAUGGGGAAAAGGGGAAUUUAUGUUAUACAGGUUCUAUUCCCCCUCUUUUCUAGGUGAUUAUGGGAAAGGGAAUUCAUUUUUUUACUUCCUUCUCCCCUCGUUAGUGGGCAUUUGGGAAAGGGAAUUUUUUACUAAGGUUUCCCAUCUCCUCUUUUAGGUGCAUUAUGGGGAAAGGGAAUUCAUUUACUAAGGUUCCGAGUCUCCUCCUCUGUUAGUGAUGCAUUUUGGGAAAAAGGGGUUUUUACACAGGUUCCCGACCCUCCUCGUCUAGUACAUUAUAAAGGGGAAUUCCCCAGGGUUUAACCUCUCCCCCAGUUCAUAGGGGGAAAGGGAUUAUUUAACGGUUAACCCCUCUCGUUUGUGCAUUAUGGGAAAGGAAACAUGUUACUCAGGUUUGACGUUCCCCGCUGUGGGAAAAGCUUAUGGGAAAGGGGAAAAAAGUUCCCAAGGGUUCUAUGUUUUCCGUCAAGUGUCAUUUUGGGAAAAGGGGUUAUGUUUAAAAGGUUUUAAUGAGGGUUCUUCCCCCUGUCGUAGAUUUGGGGAAAAAUUAUUUAUAAUUCCCGGUUCUUCUCUUUUUGAUUUUGGAAAAGGGAAAAAUUAUUUUACAAGGUUCCUGAGUUUUUGUUAGUGAGGGGUUUUGGGAAAAGGGAACAUGUACUAAGGUUUUAAUGUCUUUCGUCUUGUGAUUUUGGGGAAAAGGGUUCUGUUCUCCGGUUUUUUUUUAGGGGGUCUUUUCCCCUUUCUGUGAAACUUUUGGGAAAGGGUUUUUUUCUCGGUUAAUGACGUCUCUUCUCCCCUCUGUUUAUCUUUUGGGAAAGGGUUCUGACUAAGGGGGGCCUGUUCUCCCUCGUUUACUUUGGGAAAAGGGAAUUGUUUUGGUUCCUGGGUUUUUCCUCUGUUGUACUAUGGGAAAGGGAUUCUGUUCUCGGUUCUGGGGGUUUUUCUUUCUCUGUUGUGUAUUUUGGGGAAAAGGGGUUCUUUUCUUAACAGGGGCCUUUGUCUUGUGUAUUUUGGGAAAAGGGAAUUCUGUUACGGCAGAGCUCCUCUUUUUUGUGAUUUUGGGGGGGGGGAACAUGUUUGGUUUUUCCCUCUCCCCUUCCCCUUUGGGGGUUGUGAUCUUUUGGAAAGGGGUUAUUUUCGUUCCCGGUUCCCCUCUGUUGUAUAUUGGGGAAAAGGGAAUUUUUUAUGUUACUAAGGUUCCUGCCUUCUCUGUCUGGAAAAAUGGGGAAAAGGGAAGUCCUUUUAAAAAACAGGUUCCGCCCCUCUUUGUUAUAUGGAGGGAAAGGGAAGUAGUUUCGUUCCUGAAACCAAGGGAAAAUUUUUGGGUCCGAAAAUAAUAAUCCCUUCCCUGGAAAUGGUGAGUCUGGGCUCCCCCCGGAAAUAGGGGGGAGGUUAAAGUUUAAAAAAAAUUUCUUUAAAAUGUGCUUGGUUCUUCCCCCGUUUCGGGGGAAAUGGGGGGUAAAUUACUCUUUUUCUUUUGGACAUAAAUAUUUUUUUUCUUUGGUAAAAUUUUUUUAUUUGAAUGAAAAAACGAAUUUCCUUUCUUUGUGGAAUAGGGAAAAAUUUAAAAAUUUUUCGGUUUUCCCGGCCCCUCGUGGGGAACUAGGGGAGGUGACCCUUUUCCUUUUCUUGGGGGAAAUAUGGGGAGGUGAUUGUUUGUUUUCUUUUUCCGUGUAACUAUGGGGGAGGGAAUUGUUUGUUCUCUGUCUUCGGUAAUAGGGGAGGUGACUUUUUGUUUUGUCUCCUUGGAACUAGGGGAGGUGCUUGUUUUUUCUGUCUCUCUGUGUACUAGGGAGGGGGAAUUUUCCCCCUUUUUUGUCUUUGUGUAACUAUGGGGGGGGAAAUUUUUCGUUUUUUUCUCUCUGGUUUCUUUGGGGGGGUGACUGUUCUGUUCUGUUUUUUGUAAACUAUGGGAGGUGACUUUUUCGUUCUCUGCUCUCUUGGGAAAUAUGGGGAGGGAUUUUUUGUUCUCUUUUCUCUGUGUAACUAUGGGGAGGGACCUUUUUUUCUGUCUCUGUGAACAUUUUGGGGGGUGAAAUUUUUUGUUUCUGUCUUUGUUAACUAGGGGAGGGAAUUUGUUUUGUCUCUUGUGUAAAAUAAGGGGGGGUGCGUUCUGUUCUUGCUCCGUUAACAUGGGGAUGGGCUUUUUUGUUCUCGUUUCUGUGUAACAUGGGGAGGUGACUGUUCGUUCCUUUCUCGGUAACUAUGGGGAGGUGACUUGUUCUGUUCUCUGUCUUGUGUAACUAUGGGGAGGUGACUUGUUCUGUUCUCUGUCUCUCUGUGUAACUAUGGGGAGGUGACUUGUUCUGUUCUCUGUAACUAUGGGGAGGUGACUUGUUCUGUUCUCUGUUCCCCUUUUGUAAAUAUGGGGAGGGGGGACUUUUUCUGUUUCGUCUCUUGUGUAAUAUGGGGAGGUGACUGUUUUUUCUCUGUUUCCCGUGUAAAGGGGAGGGGACUGUUUUUUCUCUGUUCCCCGUGUAAAAAAGGGGAGGUGAUGUUGGUUUUCCCGGGCUCUCUGUGAAAAUGGGGGGGGUGAUGUUCGUUCUCGUCCCCUUUUUAAAGGGGAGGGAAAAUUUUUGUUCUCUGUCUUUUCUGUGUAACUAUGGGGGGGGAACUUGUCUGUUCUGUCUCUCUGUUUUAAUAUGGGGAGGGGGGCUUUUUCUGUUCUUGUCUCUUGUGAACUAGGGGAGGUGACCUGGGGCCCGUUUCUGCUCUCGGUAACAUGGGAGGGACUUUUUCUGUUUCGUUCUGUGUAAAAAUUUGGGGGGGUGACUUUUUUCUGUCUCUGUCUCUCUGUGUAACUAUGGGGAGGUGACUUGUUCUGUUCUCUGUCUCUCUGUGUAACUAUGGGGAGGUGACUUGUUCUGUUCUCGUCUUUGUGAAUUGGGGAGGUGACUUUGGGUUUUCUGUCUCUCGGGGAAAUAUGGGGAGGGGAUUGUUCGUUCUCGUCUCUCGGUAAAUAGGGGGGCUUCUUGGUCCUUUUUUCUCUGUCCUUGUGUAACUAUGGGAGGUGACUUGUUUUUCUCUGUCUUUGUGAACAUGGGGAGGGGGCCGUUUUUUGUUUUUUUGGGAAAUAUGGGGAGGGACCUGUUUUGUUUUCUCGGUGUAAUAUGGGGGGGUGAUUGUUUGUUCUUGUCUCUAUGUGGGAACUAGGGGGGAUUUUUUUUCUUCUCUGGUUUUGGGGGGGAUUUUUGUUUCCCCUUUUGUGUAAAUAGGGGGGGGGAGUUUUUCUUUUUUGUGUAAAAAAUGGGGGGUGAAUUUCUGUUUUCUGUGAAAUAUUGGGGGGGUGACUUUUUUUGGUUCUGUGUAACAUGGGGGAGGUGACUGUUUUUCUGUUCUUUGUAACUAUGGGGGGGGGUUUGUUUCUGUUUCGUGUUAUGGGGGGGGUGAAUGUUCUGUUUUGGGUUUAAAUAUGGGGGGGGGGGACUGUUUGUUCUCCCUUGUGUAAAAUGGGGAGGUAGGCUUUUUAGGAAAGGGGAGGGAUUUUGGGGGGGUUUUUGAAAAAAGAGCCCCCCCCUGGGGAAAUGGGACGGUGAAAUUUUGGUUUUUUGCCUUUUAAAUUAUGGGGUGUUUCCCCCUUUUUCCCCAUUAAACUUGGGGAAUUUUAAUUUCCCCCCCUUUUUAACUAUUUGGGGGGGGGCUUUUUCCUUUUUUCUUGGGGGGGCUUUCUCUCCCCCUUUUCUUCUCUUUCCUUUUUUCCUUUUAAAAGGGGGGGUUAAUUCCCCCUCUCUUUCAUUUAUUUUUCUUGCUGGCUAGGAGCUAUUUCCCUUUGUUAUAAUGAGGUAA